AUGCCUCGUAAAGUUCUAGUAGCCAAGAGAAAAAAUUUAGUCCAGAAAGCCAGCAAGGGGAACACGCCAAACGCCACUCGCGCGGUGACAGAUGACGAUGAAGACAAACUCUUUAACAGAAGAUGUCACCAAAUAUCAACCAGAGGCCUACAAAAGUGAAAAAUCGAAAAUUCUCAAAAAAAUUCACAAAGUAGCACUAAGUAAGCUGCUAUCAUAAAUGUAAUUUUUACUUCGAUCCGAUAAUUAUCUCAGACGUACGGGAGGGUUAUUGGUUUCGCGGCUCUCGGACCUGGUUUUACAGGCCCGAGAAGGAGUGUAACGAAACAAUCGUUUUAAAAAUCAAAUCAAUUGUAAUGCGAACAACAAAUAACUUAUUCAGAAAAGUAUAUAAUUAUACACAUUUUAAGGGGUGAUUUACUCAGUUUGAACGAAAGUGUAAGAUUUUAGUUCGAUAAAAAAAUGGCAAAUUUCAAAGCCCAAAAUCGUUGACUGGUACCUCGAUUUCAUUAAAGAGUCUUAUACCAAAAUCUGUUUUCAAAACUAUGGGCAACUAAAAAGAAAAUUUUUGAGGCCAAAAAAUACAAGUAGUACUUUUCUGAAAUUUGAGCUUUCCUCGCUCAGCGGGCCGAUGCUAAAAACUCGGAAAAAUACUAUAAGAAAUCAGUUUAAGCAACAGUGGUUUGAUGUUAUCAGCUUUCAGAAACCAAGACGUGUUUAUCCAGCGAUCUGAUAUAAUUUAAAACCGUUUGCUCACAAGAAUGGAAGAUUUACGCUGUCAACUGCCGCCAAGUGCACGAGUAACGUAAGUUUGUCAAUCGCUAUAAUAACCCAUAAAAACUUUAAAAAACACAACGUUUUUGCGUCCAGGAAUGAAUUUUACCAAACAGAACAAUGCCUUUGAGUGUAUUUUUCAUACUUUAGUAAGGGUUUCCUGGAUCUUGGAAUUAAAAAACACUGCGGGGCACUGAUACUUUAUGAUCAAGUUCUGAAAUGUUCUUCACGAGACAUUUAACUGAAUUUAUGAUAAAAAUGCUUUCAGGAAAUAAAAAAUAUAUAUUUUCCAAAGAUCAGCUGUACGCACGGGCGUAUGUGCGUAUGGGACACUACUCCCCCGCUAACUUAAGAGGCGCUCUUAUAAAUGGGACAGUUAGCGUUCUAUUAAAGAAGCGUUGUCAAUCUGUUUUUGUGUGUGAUCUCAGAGUAUUUUUUGUUUGUUUGUUUGUUUGUUUUUACACCGUUUUAUAAAAAGUUUUAAAGGUUCAUUUCAGGCGACGUUUCUCAAAAUUGGUUAUCAGCACUGGCGAUACGGGGGAGUUGGUAGUGUGUCUUUCCUUGUUAAAGAGGCCGAAAACUAAUAGUUUCUGUAAAUAAAAAAUAAGCCUUCCCUGGAUACCUUAAAGUACCUAGGAGCUUUUAUUUUCUUCAUUUUCGCCAGCAGUUUUCAAUUAUCACACAAACAUUAUAUUGCCUACCGGAUUGCUCGUUGUCAGAAGCCUAUAACCAGCUCCUGUGGUUGUGAAUUUCUUCAAGGCCGAAAAUUUCAGUACGAACCGAAAACAACAGCUAAAAGGAGGCACACAGUUUGAACUAAAUAGGGAACUUAGUUAGCGAGUGUACCGGAGCGCAGUAACGAGCCCUAACCCCACCCAUUGCCCAAACGUUCACUAAAUCUCCGCGCUUUUUAUUUUUGUGCAAGAACAGAACAGGUAAGUUUUUAUCUUUCAUUUAAGUGAUUUCCAUCUGCAGUUUACAAAUAAGAGCGUGGGUUCCCUAUGAUGGAGGUUGAAAACAACGAGACAUAUAGCUGUGUAGCAGGCGCUUCGAAGUAGGGCGCAAUAAAGAACGUGCGCGCGAGGAGAUAAGGGUGUCGCUCUCGCUCCCCGUUCUUUCUUUCGCCCACCACUUCCAAGCGCCUGGAUUUAAAACGCUCUUGUUUAAAACGCUGUUGUUUAUCUGUUCUCCUGUGUGGAUACUUCACAUUUCCAAUAUAUGGGAACACCAUGCUAAGCUAAGAACGACAAACACUCACAACAUGGUUUUGUACACUAAAAUCUGAUUUCCUGGACGUAAAAAGUAUUGAAUUUUAAGACUUUUUCAAUUAGUGAUUUGCCACUUGGCAGGAAUUGACAGUUUAAAUCUGCCUUUCCUGCUAGCAAACGGUUUUAAAUUAUAUCAGAUUGCUGGAUAAACACGUCUUGGUUUAUGAAAGCUGAUAACAUUAAACCACUGUUGGUCAAACUGAUUUCUUAUAGUAUUUUUUCCGAGUUUUUAAAAUUCGGUCCGCUGAGCGAGGAAAGCUCAAAUUUCAGAAAAGUACAACUUGUAUUUUUGGGCCUCAAAAACUUUCCUUUCAGUUGCCCAUAGUUUUGAAAACAGAUUUUGAAAAAAAGAUAACGCUCUUUAACGUGGCAUAAGACUCUUUAGUGAAAUCGAGGUACCAGUCGACGAUUUUGGGCUUUGAAAUUUGCCAUUUUUGCAUCGAACGAAAACGUUCAGAAUAUUGAAAAUAAUGAAAAUCUCCAAAAUAUUACAUUUUCGUUCAAACUGAGUAAAUCACCCCAUAAAAUGUACAUAAUCAUGUACUUUUCUGAAUAAGCUAUUUGUUCUUCGCAUUACAAUUGGUUUGAUUUUUUAAACGAUUUUUUCGUGACACGCCGUCUCGGGCCUGCAAAACCCGGUCCGAGAGCCGCAAAACCAAUAAACCCCCUCCCCCCGUCCGUCUAAAAAAAUUAUCGGAUCGAGGUAAAAAUUAUACUUAUGUUAACAGCUUACCUAGUGCUACUUUGUGAAUUUUUUUUUGAGAAUUUUCGAUUUUCACUUUUGUAGACCUCUGGUUGAUAUUUACUGACAUCUGCUCUUAAAGGUGGCCAGUUUAGUACUUCCUGUCCUGAAGCCCUCCAGAGAACCAGGUGGUGGUUUUUGUCCCUUCAUUUCGGCUUAAGAGCCAGAGAUGAAAGCCGCAAGUUGCUUUGGGGAGACGUGAAACUACAACAAGAUCCUCCUCAAGAUGGCCGCGAAAUGCUUGUUUGG